AUGACAGAAACAAAGUUUCACAAGCCUCCACCAAGCCAAAACUCCUCCCAAUCCAAUGGCAGCCCAGCCCCCUCAUCGGAUGCCAGAGGAGUCAAGCGAGCCAGCGUUGACCAAUGUGAUCCCCGGGUUGGUCAUCAGCCUAAUGCACCUCUACCCGGAUGUGCCGCACCCUUGUCCCCCAGACAUGACAAGGGCUCUCAAUACUCAUCUUUAGAGGACAUAGAGGAUGAAGAUGAUGAUGUUGAUGACAUCCAACGGUGGGAACAAGAACUUGCCGCGAGCGAGUGGUUUCAGACCCUGAGACUUGAGCUUAAGACAUACGCAUCUGCAAGGUUCAGGGUUUGGAAGGAAAAGAUGGAAUACAUCGCAUCACCGGAGGAUGAACUCCGUUCACCAGAACGCUUCGGACCUUCAUCUAUACAGCCAAUGACGCAUACACGGACAGGUGAUGAACAUGACCUCCGUGAGGAGGAAUUGGCGUCAAUGUCUCGUCCUACUUUCUCAGCGGUAUUUCUAUAUCUCGCUUGUCCUUUUUAUGUCUAUGAUCAUGAGAAAUGCCAAGAGUGUCUGCUUACAAGCGACCUACGAAGCAUUGAGGAUCUGGUCGAACAUUUGUUCCAAUGUCAUUCACGCCGAUGUUACUGUCCGCACUGUUACGAGACGUUUGACAGUCUGAUUAGCUGCGAUGAUCACGUUUUAAGGGAGGAGUGCCAGAAGCGCGUUCCGAGCCCGAUAUUUGGGCUAACCGAGGGCCAGAAGGCGAUGUUGCUCGAUAUAGACACUCAAUGUAUCGGUCAGAAGGCACUUUGGUUUCGAAUUUGGUCUAUUGUGUUUCCCGAUACAACAGAGCCUCGGUCAUGGUUCCUAGAUCGAGACCCCGGGUUAAGCAUCUCCAUGAUGCGUGACUUCUGGAACUCCAAUGGAUUUAAAUAUAUUGCACAAUCUCUGGGAGAUCGGAGAAUAUCGCCAGAGAAUUCUAGGAAACUUACGGGUAUCUUGUACGAAAUGGUUCUGGAGGACCUAUUAAUUGGUGUCAUUGACGAGCGGAAAUGUUCCGGGACUACGCUUGCUCCGGGGUGA